GAUGGAGAUAUUCUGGGAUUUCAAUCUUCUCAGGAGCAAUCAGAUGGCAAGAAGACCCAUGGAGAAAGCGUAGCUGAGCGUGACUUCCUACGAACAGAGGGAGACCCUGCUGCUGUUGGUUACACAAUCAAUGAGGCGUUGGCACUUACCAGGAGCAUGGUUCCUGGACAGCGUGUACUAGGACUGCAGCUUCUCGCUUCUGUUCUGAAUAGGGCAUUGCACAACCUGCAUAAGAUGGAUCUAGCUGAUAAUGUGGAAGGAGCUAAUUAUGCCGAGAAAGCUUAUGAUUGGCAAGCAGUUUGGGCCUAUGCCCUUGGCCCCGAACCAGAGUUGGUUCUUUCUCUAAGGAUGGCAUUGGAUGAUAACCAUGAGUCUGUAGUUUUGACUUGCGCUAAAGUUAUUAAUGUUAUGUUGAGCUAUGACAUGAAUGAGUCAUAUUUUGAUUUUUCAGAGAAAUUAAUAAAUAAGACGGAAGAUAUCUGCACAGCUCCUGUUUUUCGUAGCAAACCUGACGUGGAUGGAGGUUUUCUUGAAGGGGGUUUUUGGAAAUACAACACAAAACCAUCCAAUAUACUUCCACACUAUGGUGAAGAUGAAGAAGAAGAAAGUGACGAGAAACACACCAUUCAAGAUGAUGUUAUUGUGUCUGGACAGGACGUUGCUGCUGGUCUUAUUAGAAUGGGAAUCCUACCGCGUAUCUGCUCCCUUUUGGAGAUGGACCCGCCUCAAAUUCAAAAAGAUUAUCUCGUUUCAAUUCUUGUGGCAUUAGCCAGACACUCUCCGCAAUCUGCUGAUGCCAUCUUGAAUUGUACAAAGCUUGUUCAAUGUGUUGUCAAGCUGUUGGACAGGCAAGGAUCAAAGGAAAUUCACUCGUCAAUGAUCAGAGGGGUUACUUUGUUGAAGGUUUUAUCCAAAUACAACAGACAAACAUGCUUGAAUUUUGUGAACAAUGGAGUUUUUCAUCAGGCAAUGUGGCAGUGGUACUUACCGGCUUAUACCCUUAAGGAUUGGAUAAAACCUGGAAAGGAACAAUGCAAGUUGAGUUCAGCAAUGAUGGUCGAGCAACUGCGGUUUUGGAGAACCUGUAUUUCUUAUGGAUUUUGCAUAUCACACUUCACAGAUUUCUUUCCUGUUCUAUGCCUGUGGCUCAGCCCUCCAGUGUUCCAGAAUCUAAGUGAACACAAUGUUCUUUCUGAGUUUAGUUCAAUUGCAAGAGAGUCGUUUCUUGUAUUAGGAGCUCUGGCACAAAGGCUGCCGCUUCUUCAUUCAGCGGAGCAGUUUGGCAAGCAAGAUAUGGGAGUUCCUGGCAGUUAUGGUGAGAUGUGGUCUUGGAGUCAUGUAGUUCCAAUGAUAAAUUCGGCGCUGUCUUGGUUACAUCUAAGUGAUAUUCCCUACUUGUGUUCACUGAUCAAUGGGCAGAGUGAGAAUACAACACAUACACCGGAGCAAAGCUGCCUGGUUUUGUUGAUUUCUUCUGUACUAGGCAUGCUUAAUUCGACAUUGGAAAGAAUAUCACCAGAGGGUACUCCUGAUAGUAGAAGUUACUGCUUGCCUUGGAUACCGGACUUUGUCCCCAAAAUUGGCCUGGGGAUAAUUACUAACGGGUUUUUCAGCUUCUCGUGCACUGAAGUUGUCGGGCAUGAGGAGCAGCUGCCGUCCCGUGGUGUAUCGUUGGUGCAGGGGCUUUGUCAUCUGAGAUGCUGGGGUGAUGUUGAUGCAUCACUAUCUUCCACAAGUUGCCUUCAAAGAUUAGUGCAGCUAACCUGUUCUGUUGACAGAGUGAUCCAGAGAGCGACAACAAAUAGUUCUGAGCAUCUCAAAGAAUCUAAAGCAGGGCUAGCUGGCAAGAUACUACAAGAAGGCAUUUCCAGUUUAUGGCAUAAUGACUUGUUGAACUUUCUAACUUCGCUGUUGCCAUUGAUUUCCUCACAGUGGCCUGUAUUAAAGAACAUAGAGAUGUUUGGUAGAGGAGGACUAGCUCCUGGUGUUGGGUUUGGCUGGGGGACGUGCGGGGGUGGGUUUUGGUCUCUGAAAUGCCUACUUGCACAACUGGAUUCACAGUUGGUCCUAGAGUUGAUAAAAAUUAUCUCUGCUGCGCCAGAAGGCCUUGUUACCCUCAGUAAAGGUGCAAACUCGGAUAAUGUAACUAAUCCAUUUGCCAACGCUUCAGAGAGAAUCAGUCCUGUCCUUGGUGUAUCUUUGAUUGCCGGACCUGGCCAGAUCUCUACCUUGGAGAGAGCCUUUGAUAUCCUCUUCCAACCUUCAGUUCUGAAAUGUCUCAAAUCCUCCAUACAUUGUCUGGCUUCUCAAAUGAAAUUACCAAAAACUUUUCAGUGGGACAUAACUGAGGAUGAGUAUCAGCAUUUUAGCAGUGUGCUAAAUUCACAUUUCAGAUCCAGAUGGUUGGCCAUCAAGAAGAAGAAUCCAGACAAACAUGCAAGAAACAACAGUGCCAUAAAUAAGCCAAAAGUACCAGAAAUGUUGGAGACGAUUCAAGAGGAAAUGGAGUUAACAGAAGUUAUAAAUCCCCCCUGCAGCACGUUAGUUCUAGAGUGGGCACACCAGAGACUGCCUCUUCCUGUGCAUUGGAUUCUAAGUUCAAUCUGCUGCAGUGAUGAUGCUGACGUUUCAAGAGCUGGUCUUAUCUUUUUAUUGGGUCUGGAAGCUGUUUCAGCUGCCCCAUCUCUUGAUGUUCCUUUGGUUUGGAAAAUGCAUGCACUUUCUGCCUCUGUCCGCACUAACAUGGACUUGCUUCAAGAAGAUAGAAGCAAGGAUGUUUUUGAGGCUUUGCAAGAAUUGUAUGGCCAGCGUCUGGACAUGUUAUGUCAGAAAUAUUAUAGAUCUCACUCUGCUAAUAAUGAUGAGGUUGUAGGAUCUAUGGCCACUGCUGAAGAAGUAAAAGUAACUAGCACUUACGAAAUUCUCAGAUUCAAGGAGAAAAUUCAUGAGAGCUACACUACUUUUGUGGAGAGUGUUGUAGAUCAAUUUGCAGCUGUCUCAUAUGGGGAUGUUAUUUUUGGUCGGCAAGUGGCCAUUUAUUUGCAUAGAAGUGUUGAGACUACGGUUUGGCUGGCAGCCUGGAAUGCAUUGUCUACUGCUUAUGUGCUUGAACUGUUGCCUCCACUAGACAAAUGCAUUGGUGACGUUAAAGGAUACUUGGAGCCUCUUGAGGAUGACGAAGGAAUCUUGGAGUCUUACGCCAAAUCAUGGACAUCUGGUAUCCUGGACAAGGCUGCCCGGAGGGAUUCCAUGUCGUUCACACUAGCGAAGCAUCAUCUGUCUGGUUUCAUUUUCCGGUGUGGUGCUUCCGUCAAAGUGCGCAACAAGAUGGUCAAGUCGCUCCUCCGGUGCUACUCCCAGAAGCAGCACCACGAGGCUAUGCUCCAGGGUCUCGUUCUGCAAGGCGUCCCACGGGAUUCGCAGUACGGCGAUGAAGUUGGCCGGAGGAUUGAGAUCUUGAAGGAUGCCUGUGAGAUGAACUCUUCCCUCUUGGCCGAGGUUCAAAGGCUGAAGUCAUCGAUCGAGGGAGCUAUUAGUUAGGCUAAAAGGUUGAAGACUCUUUUUUUUUGAUUGAUGAAUGCCAAAGGCUGAAGACUAACUGCCUGGCCUGGUUCUAGGGGCAGCGGUCUUGAGAAUAGCUCCAAGGAUGUUUUACUGGGCAGUUGUGACGAUUGUAAAAAUGGCGGUGUCCAUUACUACAAGUGAUUAUAGAAUCGCGAUGAACAACGACUGGUGUCGAACGCUUUGUAAGUGUGUGUGGUCGCGCAUGCUUGUGGGAAACAAACUGGACUGGAAAUAUUAACCGGCUUCCAAGAAGAUCUGCUUCCCCACCCGGAUAUGUGCUGGGUAAUUACGAGUUUUGCAUUUA